AUGCACACUGGUAUCGCCCUCGUCGCCCUCGCAGCGGCCGCCCAGGCCUUGGCCCAGGAGCCCGACAACCCGCAAUGGGACCUCGCCAAGCGUGAACUCGGCUGGGAAGUCCGCCAGGCCAUCCAGCGGGACACUGAGGUGAUCGAUCCUGCCGACGUCCCCGAUGUCAUCGCCAACUCGGAGAGCUUCCUCCUCAGCGGCAACAAGGACUACGUACCUUACACCGUUCCUUGCCCACAGGACGUCACCUGGAUCCGCUCCUCCACCGGCGGCGUUAGCCAGAGUGAGAAGGACUACCUCGCCAAGCGCAAGCCGAUCCUCGACCAGGCGUUCCAGAACAUGAUGUCCAAGGCCGGACUGUCGACGCCUCCUCGCACGCCUGUCAUCGCCCUCUCCCUCUCGGGUGGCGGCUACCGUGCUAUGAUCAACGGUCUGGGAAUGACGCAGGGCUUCAUGAGCCAGAGCGAGGAGUCGAGCAACGCCGGCACCGGUGGAUGGAUGGACGCCACGUCCUACAUGACCGGUCUUUCCGGCGGCUCAUGGGCGACCGGCUCGUUCAUGGCCAACGGCGGCAUGCUCCCCACCGACAUUCUCCAGAAAGUGCUCAACCUCGACUCAAACCUCAUUUUCCCCGCCGAUGGUAAGGUGUCAUUUUACUUUAACAUGGUUUCCAACGUGCGAGGCAAGGCCGCCGAAGGCUUCCCGACCGCUAUCACAGACUACUGGUCCCUCGCACUCGGCAACCACCUCCUGCCCCCACAAUGGCGUCUCGACACCUCGCCCAACAUCACCUUUAGCGGCCUCCUUGACAAUGUUCCGCAGCUCCAGAACGCCGAGCUCCCCGUCCCGAUCAUCAUUGCUGCCGAGCGCGAGCCGGGAGAGACGGUCGUGCCGGACAACUCUACGGUCUGGGAGUUUACGCCCUGGGAGUACGGCUCGUGGGCCGUCGGCCAGAACAACAACAAGACGAGCGGCUUCUUUACACCUAUCGAGUACAUUGGCACGAACAUGACCGGAGGCAAGCCCGCCGACAUGAACAAGUGCCGCAAGGGCUUUGACCAGAUGAGCUUUAUCAUGGGCACGUCGUCGACGCUGUUCAAUGCCGGUCUUCUCCAGCUCGCGCAGGUCCAGUCGUCCAGCCUCAUUGACCUGAUCAAGGACAUUCUCUCUGAUGUCGCCAGCGCCAAGAACGACGUCGCCGAGUAUGUCAAUUUUGCUGCCAACUACCUCAACCUCCCGAACGCCAUCUCCAACCUAGAGCACCUGACCAUGGUCGACGCCGGCGAGACGAACCAGAACAUCCCCAUCGAGCCGCUUCUCAUGCCCGGCCGCAACGUCGACGCCAUCAUUGCAUUCGACAACUCAGCCGAUACCACGUACUCGUGGCCCAACGGCUCGUCGCUGGUGACGACGUACAACCGUGCCCUCAAGUUCCAAGAGGACUUUGGCAUCACCAUUAGAAUGCCCAAGGUGCCGUCGACCAACGGUUUCGUCGCCCAGGGCCUGAACCAGCGCCCGGUCUUCUUCGGGUGCAACGACACCGAGGCACCCAUUAUCGUCUACAUUCCCCACUACCCGUGGACGUGGUACUCUAACUCGUCGACGUACCAGCUGCAGUACGACACUCCGUCGGCCCUCUCUCAGAUGGAGAACGCGAUGCGCUCGGUGACGCUGAACGGUACCGUCUCCGAGUGGCCCAAGUGUCUUGCGUGUGCUAUGUCGGACCGCGCGUUUGGUUACACCGCCGCCAACCGCACGCAAGAGUGCCAGGCGUGCUUCAACACCUGGUGCUGGGACGGCACGGAUGUCGCCACGACUGUUGAGGGCGACUACGAGCCUGUGAUGGGUGUGACGCCGACGUGGCUCGCGGAGAAGGGUCUCUCGAACAAUGUCCAGACGUCGGGCAUCACGUUGGCUUCCGCGACCGCCAAGCCCUCGGCUGCCAAGCCUCUUAUUGGUGGUGCUUCGAUCGUUGCUGCCCUCGCGGCUGCCACACUGGGCGCGAUCAUGACCGUCUUGCACUAG